UAUAGGUUAUUGGAGAAGGACAAUGCUCAGGCAGAGUGUCUACAUUUGUGUUGCAAUAAUACUUUGCAUUGCACACGGCUCUAUUUCAUCAGAAAAUCAGACUGUCAGUUAUAAUGGUACUAAAGCUGAAUAUAAUGACUUGAAGUCAAUAUUAAAUCUGGCUCAAAAUGUUAGUGAAAGUUUGGAUAAAGCAAACCCCAGCAAAGCGUCUGUUGAAAACAACACUGAAGCGCAGAGGAACAGCAGCGGAGUGAACCCGCACAGUAAAGAUGAAGAACAUAUGAACAAAGAGACCCAUGGAGCAAAACCAGAUUGCCCACCAUUGGGUUUGGAGUCUCUGAAAGUCUCGGAUGAUCAGCUAGAGUCUUCUUCGUAUUUGAGCGCUGGGUUAGGUCCUCACCGAGGACGCCUUAAUAUACAGUCUGGUUUAGAGGAUGAUGACGAGUAUGAUGGAGCGUGGUGUGCUGGACUAGAGGAUCAGGAUCAGUGGUUGCAGUUGGAUGCUCUCAGACCAACACUUUUUACUGGGGUCAUCCUCCAGGGCAGAAACUCCAUCUGGAGCUUGAACUGGGUCCGUACAUAUAAGGUACAGUUCAGUAAUGACUCUUUGGUCUGGCAGCCCUGCAUGGAGGGAUCAGAUGAGGCGGUGUUUGUUGGGAAUGAAGAUUUGGAAACGCCAGUUUUGGCUCUGUUCCCUGAGCCCUCGGUUGCGCAGUACAUCCGCAUAAACCCACAGACCUGGUUUAGCAAUGGCACCAUUUGCCUCCGAGCUGAAGUGCUGGGUUGCCCAGUGCCAGAUCCGGAGAACCCUCAUUUUUCUGAUUCUGAGAGCGGCUCAUUAGAUGACCUGGACUUCAGACAUCACAAUUACAAUGAGAUGAGAAAAUUAAUGAAGUCUGUGAAUGACGAGUGUCCGGAUAUCACACGGAUCUACACUAUUGGGAGGAGUUACACUGGAUUGAAGCUUUAUGUUAUGGAAAUAUCUGAUAACCCAGGAAAACAUGAGCUCGGUGAGCCAGAAUUCCGCUAUGUUGCUGGGAUGCAUGGCAAUGAAGUUUUGGGCCGGGAGCUCUUGCUAAAUCUUAUGCAGUACAUCUGCCGUGAAUAUAAGCAAGGAAAUCAACGUGUGAUACAGCUGGUAAAGGACACGCGCAUCCAUCUGUUGCCAUCUAUGAACCCAGAUGGAUAUGAGGCAGCCUAUGAGAAGGGCUCAGAACUCUCUGGCUGGGCUCUUGGACGCUACAGCUUUGAGGGCAUUGACAUGAAUCACAACUUUCCUGACCUCAACAACAUCAUGUGGGAUGCUCAGGAGUUGGCUACAGACAAGAGGAGAGUGAGCAACCACUACAUUCCCAUGCCUGAGUACUACACCUCAACUGAGGCAUUAAUUGCCCCAGAGACACGUGCUGUAAUCAACUGGAUGCAAGACAUACCGUUUGUUCUGAGUGCUAAUCUGCAUGGGGGAGAGCUGGUGGUCACUUACCCUUUCGACUGCACACGUGAUUGGAUCCCUCGCCAGGACACGCCCACUCCAGACAAUGAUUUCUUUCGUUGGUUGGCUACCAUAUACGCAUCCACCAAUCUGGUGAUGGCAAACCCAGAUAGGAGAAUCUGUCACUCAGAAGACUUCCAGCAACAUAACAACAUCAUCAAUGGAGCUGAUUGGCACACUGUUCCAGGAAGUAUGAAUGACUUCAGUUACCUCUACACUAACUGUUUUGAAGUAACUGUAGAAUUGUCCUGUGAUAAGUUCCCACAUGCCAGUGAGCUUCCCAUCGAGUGGGAGAAUAACAAAGAGGCUCUCCUUCUGUACAUGGAGCAGGUGCACAGAGGGAUAAAGGGUGUGAUCAGGGAUAAGGACACUAAAGCUGGGAUUGCAAAUGCUGUCAUUAAGGUGGAAGGCAUGGACCAUGACAUAAGAUCUGCUGUAGAUGGGGAUUACUGGCGCUUGCUGAACCCAGGUGAGUAUAAAAUAACAGUAUGGGCUGAAGGCUACUUCCCCCGUAUUCGCCACUGCUCUGUAGGGUUAGAGCCCCACCCAACCAUCUGUGACUUCACCCUCACUAAGACGCCACAGGAUCGUCUCAAAGAAAUCCUGGCAAAAGGUGGAAAAAUUCCCCGGGAUAAUCAAGUAAGGAUUCGUGCCCUGCGAAUGCGCAAACUCCGUGCCAGCACCAAGAUUCUUAACCGUCGUCGAGAGCAACAGCAGCGCCUUAAAUUGAAAUGGAAGUGAGCAACUAAUUUUCAAAACAAUGAGCCAGUCUGUCACGGAUUGCAAGACAUUGAGAUUCUGGACUGUAAAACAACUCACCGCACAGUUUUCUCUACACUCGGAAAAAUCACACCUCCAAAGUCAAUGUCACACUUUGGUAAUUAGGUAAGAGAACAACUGCGCCACUAAACAGAAUUGCAAAAAUAAAGAUUGUUUUGAAACAGCUCCCACUGUUGUUAAUCAAACAGAUCGACAGAUAGUCCCACCCCCAACUCACGCCAUAGAGCGCAACAGUCUGGUUCCUGAGGUAAAAAUCCCAUUCAUUUAUUUCAUAGACUAAUUGAUUUUCAAUGACAACUUAUAAACCUUUAAAGAAAGACCUACAGUGAGCUACGAGGUUGUUCACCACUGGUAUAUGCUUCCAUUGAAGCCGUACCUCUACUUUAUUUCAACUUCAUUGUUUAAAAAUCGUGUUUGAUAGCGGAAUUCAUGGAAAUCAACUACAUUACCCUAAGUCCAGCAGAGAAAGAUCGACCAAUCAGAGAACCGCGGCCAACAUAGCCCGCCAAACGUUUCCUAUAGUUUUAUCUAUAAAAAUAUAGAUUUAAUCUAUAGUUUUAUAUAUUCCCAUAAUUUUUUAUUUAAUUACAUAAUUCGCAAUGCUUCAUGGGAUUGUAGUUUGUGUCCUCGUGAAAAACAUUAAGUAAACAGUCUUGUACCUUUGUCUUUUUGUCUGAUUUUCAAAUACUUUUUUGCCUCAAAACAAAGUUUGUAAUAUUGUGAUUCACCUCGGAGUUGGUUGGUUUGGUUUAUGGCUUACAACUCUUUUAUGGAGGAUUUUAUGAAAAGCAGAGAAAAAAAUGAAUCGGAAAAAUAUUUCCGGAACCCAGACGGCUGAAAAAGUGGGCGGGCACUGUUGCAUACUAUUGGUUGAGCCAACUUUGUUGUGUCAGGCUGAACGGGCUGCUCAAAACAUCUCUGUAUAUUAAGAUGAGAUAGAAGAAAAAAAUUACACACUUCAGCUUUAAAGCUAUUAGUUUUCACUUUUAAAUUUGAUCUACCCUGAGCAUAUGUCAUAUCCCUGGUCUGCUGUUAAACACUUGAAUGUUUAUUUUUUACCACUAAUAUGGGAGUUAGACUCUGAGAUUGUAGCUGGUUUUCUACACUCAGAACAUGAUGACAUGGAAAUGAUAAUUAAGCUAAUAAAAGAUUAUACAGAACACA